UUUUUUCCAGCUCUAUGUGAAAUUCGGCGCGUCAGUGAUUUCGUCCUAAUCUUAAUCGUCAAAAAUUUGUCUCACAUAAUUAGAUUUUGUGUUUAAUCAAUUAAGAAGAUGGAAGAAAACAUGGAAAAUAAAGAUGGCCUGCGAGUUACCCGAGCCCGCGCCCGGCGUCUAUCGGUGCUGGAUACUGAUAGCCGACCGGUAACGCCGCAACUUGAAUUGGAGCCUGAUCGCGGCACGGCCUCACCCCGCCCAUUGCGCAGAACUCGACUCAAUUCCGCCACAAUUGAUUUAAGGACGCCGACACGCACUACGCGUCGAUCGGUGGCACGUGGAGAGACUCCAGAACCGACGACGCCAAGUGCAUCGGCCACCAAGCGUCCUGCACGUACUCCAGCCAAAUCGGUUCGCAAGCAGCUGCCACUACACGAGGAAGAAGAGGACUCGAACAACAUAAAAGAAGAGAUAAUUUCCCGGACGCCUACACCUACAGGAGAGAAGCGUGUAACACGUUCCAUGUCAAAGACUCCACCAGUUCCUCCCUCUGACAAGAGAGAGGCAACUGUCUCGCCAGCUGUAGUAAAGCAGCAGCAGCUGCUAUCAAAAACAACCACUGAACCGGUAUCUCAAAACACUCCAAAUCAAGGAACUUCCAAGCUCAUUGUGAAAGUCAGCAAAGUUUCCCGCACACUUCUAACAAGUCCUUUAACAAUAUCCCAGAAGUCGGUGGAGAGUGAAGAAAAGAAAGAAUCAACUGAAGCUGUAAAAGUCGCAGAAGUUUCCCGCACACUUCUCACAAGUCCUUUAACAAUAUCCCAGAAGUCGGUGGAGAGUGAAGAGAAGAAAGAAUCAACUGAAGCUGUAAAAGUCGCAGAAGUUCUUCCAAGUCCUUUAACAACAUCCCCGAAGUUGGUGGAGAAUGAAAGAAAGAACGAAUCAGCUGAGGUUGUCCCCAUGGAUGUAGAUGAAAUCAAUCCAUUGGAAGCUUCUUCCCAGGAAACAAACGAACAUGUGGAAAAAGCAAAUUUAGAAAAAUCUAUUGUAGAAGCAACAAGCUCGAAUAUUUUAUUAGAUGUAUCAAUAACUGAUAAUGGCAUCGCUCCAGACGAGCAGAAAUCAGAAUUGGUUGAGGAAAUCGUUUUGCAAGAAAGCAAACUAUCAUAUGAAAAUGUUCCAAACGAGCACGAAAAGGAUAAAAAUGUUUCCAUUGGCAAACUUCCGGAUUCCGUUUUUGAUGAUAAACCAGUCGAGCAAAUUGAACCCGUUAAGGAAACUGCAGACACCGAGCAGGACACUGUUUCUGUUGAGGUCGAUUCCACUGAGAAGGAGACUGUAGUAGCCGAUUCUGACUGCUCCUUUAAAUCUGUGGAUGAAGAACCACCGAAAUCCGAAAUAGAAUUAUAUAUUGAGGAGGAAGAUGAUGAUAUCGAGGAGAUUAUCGAUGCUGAUAUUUCAAUGGAGUUAGCUCCAGCUGCUGAACAACAAAAUGAAGAGAAAAUGGAACCAACCAAUGAAGCCAAUGAAAACGAAGAUCCUACGAAUAAUGAAGAGCCUGAUUCCAGCAAUGUUCGUUUGCCAGAUCUUUUGGUUGAUAAAAGGACUGAGCCUAAAAAAACGGUUGUUUUCAGUACCGAUUUUGAUGAGGAUGAGGAUGAGAAAAAAACGAAAAAAAGGGCUUUGCGAACGGGUUUAUCAAAAGAGUUUCCAAGAACUCCAUCUCGUGAAAAGCCCCCAUUGUCAACAGUAAUGAUUAAGAGUUUCAUGGAGAAGGAGCGGGAUACCCCCAUAAAGCCGGAAAUUCUUAAAGCUCGUCACAGUUCGACUCCCAUACAAAAAGGGGAAGAAAUCUCCUUGUCCAAGUCGACUCCUCAGCCGCCAGCUCAAAUUGAUGCCAUUAAACCUUUGGUUGAGCCAAUACAAGUUGUAGCCGCGCCAUCGCCUUCAUCGAAAGUUGUCCCCCGGCGUCUAGUCAGCGAUGAUGAUGAUGAUGACGAAGAUGAUGAUGAAGAGCAGCAGCACGACGGAGAUGAUUCAGAUGCUGAGGCGGCCAAUAUGUCCUUAUUUGUUGAUAACGAAGUGGAAGUUGCAGAUGAUAAUUAUCAAUCGGGUGAUUCCAUGGACAGCUCCGAGCGUCGCGAAAUUCAAGAACAUGAAGUUCCAUGCGAUGGUGAAUCUGUGGGUAGCCAAGAUACAAUAGAAUCGGAUCGAGAUGAAGACGAGUCGGACGAAUCGUUUAUAGUUUCGGAUAAUGAUGUGGGAGAAGAGGAUGAAGCGGCAGAUGUGGAGGAUAUUGAACCACUUUGCUGGGAGAUUGAUGAGCUUGAAGAGGACGAGGAAGUCGACUCUAGAACCUCAAAAGACAAGAAGCAACGUCGCCGCAUAAUGGUCGUCAACUCCUCUAGUGAAGAGGAUGAGGAUGCUCAAGAGCCGGAGCCCGAGAAAUUGGCCUCCAGCAGUCAGAGCUGCUCUUCGAAUGCCAGCAAAUUAAGCGAGGCGGCCAAGUUGCUGAAUGCUAGCAUGGAGGACGACGAACACGAUGACCCUGAAUUGGAAUCUUCACGUAAAAUCCAUCUUAAUGAAAUUAGCAAAUCGGAAUGCUUUAAUAAGACAUCAUCGCGUUUGGAAAUAAGCACCAUUGAAGUGAAUACCACUGUGGAGGAAGUCUCAGACGCUGAGUCGGAACCAGAGGCGGAGGCAGUGGCGGAGACUGUGACAGAGGAGCCUAAACCAUCUACCUCAGCUCCCAAGGGCGAUUACGAAGAAGAAGCUCUUUUGGCAGAAUUGGCAUCUAGUGACUUAAGCCACUUGCAAAAAAUGUUCAAUCCCCUGCAGAAAUCACGACGCCAAUCGCUCUAUAUGCCAAGUCCAGAACAGUUGGCCAACAAGGAGCCUAAGCUAAAGCGACGCAGUGAACGCUUCUUGCAUGACUUCAAUCCCUCGCAAUCCUUUAUGGAAGUUCUAGCAGAAAAACAGCGUCAACAACCCAAACGUCAACGUUUGUCCAAAAGUUUUUGUGGCACUGCCGAGGACGAAGUCCUUAAGGAGGAGUUGCAACCAGUUGAACUCAAAUCGGAGCAAACGGAAACGGAAAUAGAAUCCUUGCCCAAAAAAGAGAAGGAAACGAUUGCCGCAACUACCUCAGUUAAAGCUCCAGCCGAGAAGAAGAGUGUAGAUCAUUACAUGAAAUAUUGCGAUGAGUUGCUACAAGCUGCCAGUCAGGCCAAGUUGGAACAAAAAAAAUUGGCAGUAGCAGCUCGAGCAAAUGGUGUUAAAAAGCCAAAGAAGAAACCACAACGCCAGGAUUCACCAACAACUAGUCAGACUGUGGAACCCAAUCCCAUUGCUGUGGCCAAAAAGAAGGUCAAACGUCUCGCGCCAGGCGAAAAGCAGGCUAUUCAAAAGGCAGUGAAUCGGGCCAUAGAACUCUUGGCGCCAGAUUUGGUUCAAAAGGAGCCACAAUCCUUGGCACGAAAGCUAUCACCACAGCCCACGUUUGCAAAUGUUAAAGCCAAGGCCGAAAAGGCCAACAACAAACAGUCGGCAAAACAAACCCAAAAGAAUAAAAAGCAUGUUGCGUCGCCCAUUAAGAGUUCCGACGAAGAGAAUCAUUCGUAUCAGAAGCCCAUCGAACGCUUUAAAAACAAUGCCGGCUAUGUGAAUGUCUACAGGGAUGAUUCGCCACCAAGGGCUGGUUUGGAGCUAAUCAAGACCCGAUCGGGCAUUAUGCGAGUGGAGCCAUGCACACCAACGUCCAAAUACUUCCAAGAGAUGCCACCAACUCCAAAGAAUCGGAAACGUUGCUUCCAAGAGGUAGCCCUAACACCGAAGGAUCGGCCUGCCAAGAAGCCAAAAGCGCCAGAAGCACCACGAUCAAGUGGAGGAGUAGCAGGAGGCAGAAAGCCUAAUUCAUCGACAGAUUCGGCAAUCCGCUUUAAGAAUCGAGUUCUAAGCCGCAAGGUGUAGAGCUUUGCCAUCAUUCACCAUCAUUUUUUUUUUCUUCUAAUACUUUUAAUAUUUUAUUAUAAUUGAAUAUGAAAUUAUUUGUUUAUUUUCCAAAUCGUUUACAGAUUUUUUUUUUGUAAUUUUCUUUUAUAUGUUAAAUAAUGCAAACAUGCCAGUUUAAUAGUUAAGUACAGAUUAUGACAAGGAUUGAUCCUUGAUUAUUUGUUUAUUGUAAAAACAACUCAGUGAUUUCACUAGAUUCAAUCUGAGUGAUUGAGGUCGUUUUAAAACUAUGUUGAUAUCUAUUUUCGAAAUGUGAAUUCAAAAACUCACUUGCAUUGAAAAACGUAUUAUAUGCAUGAAUAAAUCAAUUUUUUUUUUUGUUCACAGUA